AUGGCAAAGCUACCGAAGCCCCCGAAAUCAUUUCCUGUAAAGUCUGCGAUACCGUCGAAGCCCACUAUACCAUUACGCAGACGAAUACCCCGAGCGCAACUAGACACUGAACUACCGCUACGAGCUCCCGCCAACCAAACACCUGAACAAGCAGCGAAGAGAGUAUGGGCGGCACGUCCAAAGUUAUCAGAUCUACAGCGCCUGUCGGAUGAGGAGUUGAGGUCGGCACAACAUCAGGCAAAACUACGGAGAUGGAGACAAUGGCCCAUGUUCGGUGUCGGACUGAUCGCAUUUGGAAUGGGCACAUACGCGACCAUGCUCUACACGUCUUUGACACAAGAUCCCGACCUGAAAGACUUGCCAGAAGACCUCUCUGACCGCUUCGACAAAGAGGCCGAGGGCUAUGACGAGAAAGUAGAUACGUCUGAGAUGCUGCUCUUCCUGACUAGGAAGCGCAAGAAGCUUACUGCCAUGGCUAAGGGACAUGUACUGGAGGUGGCCGUUGGUACGGGUAGGAACAUACCUUACUACAAGACCAAGCAAUGUGCGACAGUGACGCUGCUCGAUUCAAGCGGGCCCAUGCUGGCCGUUGCAAAGCGAAAGUGGAACGAUACGCACAAAGAGUACUUUAGCCGUGUCUUCUUCAAGCAACAGUCCGCCAUAGACCCGAUAACGCCACCAUAUGGUGCCCAAGACGGAUACGACACGGUGAUACAGACAAUGGGACUCUGCUCCACUCCCGAGCCCGUGAAGCUGCUGCAGAAUCUAGAAGCAUCGACCAAUGAGAAUGGACAAAUCUUACUUCUAGAGCACGGCAAGUCGCAUUACGAGUGGCUCAACAACAUGCUAGACAAAACAGCUCCAGCUCAUGCCGAUGAACAUGGUUGCUGGUGGAACAAAGACAUCGGCAAGAUUGUCGAAGAGAGUGGGUUGGAAGUCGUCGACAUGAAACGCUACAAUUUCGGCACGACCUGGUGGUUGCAGUUGAAGCCGAGGAAGGGCAUGCGGCAAAGAGUGGCCGAGACCACCACAUCUGAGGAGCCGCUCGCUGCACCAACCGGAUCCCCGGUUACACAAAAGCCAUGGUGGUCGCUGUGGAGAUGA